AGAACAGCCCAUAAGGAGGCGGAGGAGCCCCCAACUGAUGCUAUAUAACUGGCACUGCUGAAAGCUGCAUUAGAUCUGUACAGCCAUAAACCAAAUAAUUGUAGAAAAUGGGACAAGAACAAUCAGCUCCACCUCCACGUCCACGUCCACGUCCACGUACACCUUCACCUCCACGUCUACGCACACCUAUAUUUUCACCUCCACCUCAACCUUCACCUCCCAAACCUGAAUUCGAUCGUCCAUGGAGGAAAAUGGCUUGGGGAGAAAAGGACAAAAUUGAACAGAAACUGAGGACAUUCAAGCCCAAGGGAACAAAUGCUCGGUUCGUCAGGAUUCUGGUUGUUGGUGAAGUCGGAGCAGGAAAGUCCAGUUUUAUAAACUCAGUCAAUAAUGCAUUUCAAGGACGAAUCACCUCUGGGGCUCUUGUUGACAAGACAGGAGGUACCAGUUUCACAAAGCACUACAAAACUCAUUAUAUUGAAGCAGAGGAUGGCUCCAAUUUGCCUUUUGUCUUUAAUGAUAUCAUGGGACUUGAGGACAAAUUAUCUGGUGCAAAUACACAAGACAUUAUCAGAGCCAUAUACGGCUUACUUGAGGAAGGACACAAGUUUGAUGCACCUGUGACAGACGUUAAAUUCAGAAGCAACCCAAGUGUUGAGGAACAAACCACAUGCCUGGUCAACAUUAUUGCUGCAGACAAAAUAUCAAUGAUCAAUGAUGGGGUCAUUGAUAAGCUGAAAAAAAUCCGUCAGGCUGCUACCGAACUGAAUAUGCCUCAAGUAAUCAUCAUGACAAGACCAGAUGUAGCAUGUCCACUGAUUCAAAAGGACUUAAGGAAGAUCUACACCAGCAAGAAGAUCAAGGAGAAGAUGGAAGUGUGUAGUAAUACACUGGGGAUUCCUAUGAAUUACAUUUUCCCUGUGAAGAACUACCAUGAGGAGAUAGACACAGAUGAUGACAUGGAUCUUCUGAUUCUCAAGGCACUUGAUCAGAUUUUGUACAAUGCUGCUGACUGUUUAAAGGAAAAAACAUUUAAAUCUGUUGUAAAAACUGAGUAGGGACUGAGAUCACCAAUCCUUUGUGUAUUAAUGUAACCCAAAGUGAUUUACACAGCAUUUAAAAAUACACAGUAGGACACAUGAUUACCGAGUAAGAGGUAGAAGAAGAAGAAGAAGAAGAUGACACAUGAUUACUGCUGAUUGGAGAAGAGAACCAAGUAUUUAUUGCUAAACUAAUUGUAAUGCUGUGUUCUGUUUUUUAUGGAGCACAUUAAAAUUAUUUUACUUUAGUUACAGUUACUGAAUUAAAAUAAACCUUAAAAUAUAAGUGAGGAAUUUUAUGUACAUGUUAAUCUUACCAAUAAAAAAAAGGCUCUUACUUAAAGAACAAAACCCUUU